UAAUUGCAGAACAAUAAGAUCCAUAAUAAAUGUUUACGGGAUGAAUUAAUAAGUUAAAUGAGGAUGCCCAGGAUGCUGGUAACUCUCGGGACCAGACUCGGGGACUAGUCAGUAACUCGCGGGAUUUAGCGGGAAUAUGUUUUCGCGAUGGCCACGCAAAAUGUUUCGUUUAUUAUUAAUUUUUUAAUUAUUAUUGCAACUAUUGUCUGUAGUUAUUUAGUGGUGAGUGUUGAUAGUGAAACUUGUAAAGAUAAGACGAAUAAUUGCGGCAAUGGGUUUGAUGACAAUCAAGACGACAAGAGAAUUAGUAUUGAAGAUGUUGAGAGCAGAGUUUCGAGAUUGGAGAGACGGUUACGGGCUAUGGAACAACCGGUUUGGCAAAUUAGAGGCUGGCCAGAGGAUUGGGAAGUUUGUGUUGAAGGUCCUUGCAAAUGCAGACCGGAAACUAAAUCCAUUUCUUGCUGGCGCUAUGGUUUAUUUGAUGUACCGGCUGGCCAACUGGUUCCACAAGAUAUUAUUAAACUAGAUCUGGGGAGCAAUCAAUUGACGGCAUUACAUCGCGAUACAUUUAGAAACUUGACUGAGCUACGAGAUUUAGAUCUAAGUAAUAAUAUGAUCGAACACUUGCCAUUGAAUUCAUUUUAUUCACUCUACAGUAUUACUCAUUUACGAUUCAGUAAAAAUUUACUGCGAGACCUUCAUCAGAAUUUAUUUGUGCGCAUGCGUCACUUAGAAAUCGUAGACAUAUCAUCAAAUAAAUUACAAACGUUACCCGAAGGUUUAUUCGUCGGCAACACGGCUCUACUUUUACUGGACGUGUCUUCAAACAAAAUAUCUGAAUUACCGAACGAUAUUUUCUUCAGCCUCAAAGAGCUCGAAGAUCUUUUGCUCUCCAAAAAUCAGCUGUCGCACCUCGACAAAAAUAUAUUCAAGGACCUGGUUAAUCUGAAGUGUCUUAAGUUGGAAGAAAAUCACUUAAGAGAACUACAAGUCGGGCUGUUCGACUCCCAGGCCAGUUUGAUCGAACUAAUCCUCAGAGAAAAUCAGAUAAAAAUAAUCCCCGCUGAAUUAUUCAUAAAUUUAGAAGCUCUGACAACUCUAGACCUAUCGAAUAAUUUAAUUGGCCAAUUAAAUAAGGAGGCAUUUAGUGGACUGAAGGCUUUGAAAGAGCUGAGGCUGGGCAAAAAUCAUAUAAAAGUUCUUCCAAAAGGUUUAUUUUUACCGACACCGGCACUGCAACAGCUGGUUCUCUAUGGAAAUUCUCUAGAAAAAUUAUCCGAUGGAGAUUUUCAAGGUCUUGGUAAUUUGACUUCUCUAUUUCUUCAUUCAAACCGCAUUCGACGUCUGACGUCUGACGUUUUUAAAGAUACUCCGAAUUUGAGAAAAUUGCAGCUAGAAAGUAAUCAACUAUCUUACGUACCAGGUCGAUUUUUCGACAGCGUUCCGAUGAUUCAGCAGCUGCGAUUAUCUCGCAAUCCCUGGCAUUGCGAUUGUGAAGUCGCUUAUCUUGCAAUGUGGUUAAGAAAAAUGUACUUCGCGCGUAAUAAUCAUAAUAUUAAUAUUAAUAUCAACAGUACGACUAAUUACAAUACUAAUAAUAAUAAUAAGAAUAGCACAGCUACAAAUAAUCAAAAUCGUAUUAAUUUUUGGCAAUCUGGCGCCGGCGCACUCUGUCUCGGUCCAGGAACACUCGGCGGCAAAUUAGUCAUCGAACUGACGUUUCAUCAGCUCUGUGACGGCCAAUGGGCUUCGAUGAGAGGAUUAGCGCCAAGAUUACCUGUUGACCUUCUUACCCCAUCUCCACCUAAAUCACUACAGUAAUUUUAAAUAUUUAGAUUCAAUUAAGUGAAUUAUUUAUUAUUAAAAAAAAAAAAAUCAUUAUAAUUUUUUGAAGCCUUCAUUUGAAAUUUUUUAGAGGCAAAAGGAAAAAUAAGAGAGGGGGAAAAAUGGGUCACUAAGAAAAUUGUGCAUGGUAAUUUUUACGUCACCCGAAAUGACCUGCGUCCAUUUCAACCCUUUUUCUAUGUUCUAUUAAAUUUUCUUAAUCAGAUUUAAUCGGAAUGUAGUAGAAAAAAAUUUUAUUAUUUUCCAAUUAAAUCCGAUUCAAUCUGACUGAAAAAUUUACAUUGGAUUCAAUCGGAAAAUGAUAGAGAAAUUCUGAUUUCCAAAAUCCGUAGGGAAGGUAUGAAUUGCCCACUAUUUUAUUGGGAAAUUAAUAGUUGCUUACCUUAUUAAUACAUACAUUUUUUAUGCCUACUGCAUAAUUGCUUACUGUAAAGUUGCAUAUUGUUAAAAUGCCUAUUAAAAAUAAUUUCAUACUGUUUGAUUGCCUACGAAAAUAAUUUAAUACCGUUCUAUUGUUUACAACAAAUAUUUAAAAUCUUUUAAACUAUUUUAUGAAUAAGAUAAAUACUUGCAGUGUGAUUACCGACUGAAAUGAGUAUAUUAUAUAAAGAAAGGUAGAUCCAAAAUAUGUUAAUGCCUACUUAUAACGUAUAUAAAGACAAUUUUACUAACCAAUUAGAAUACUGUCCUGGUAAUCUUACAAUGCAAAAAAUCAGCGGAAUGAACGCGAAGUCAAUCCGGAGUAAAAUAAAUCCUAUUUGGCUCAAAUAAAUUGUUCUUUCAGUGUAUUAUUUAUGAAAAACAAAUUUUAAUGGCAGAUAAAGUGUCAGCAUUUGUGCAUAAUAAUAAUAUAUUUUUUAUAUGAUAAUGAUGGUUAAUUGAGAUGAUGAGAAGUCAAAUACUUAUUUUAUCCUAUUGGUUAUUACAUAAAAAAUUUUUAUUCAAAAUCACCGCGAAAACCCGAUCGUAAUGAAGCAACACGCACCUAUCAGAUUUUUAUAGUGUCCUAUGAAAAAUCUAAUGAUAAAAUCAUAUGAAUCUACAUAUAAUCCAUAGAUCUUAUAUUUUUUUUCCGUACAAUCAUUUAAAUCUUAAUGACCGUAAAAAAAUUUAAAUUUUAAAAAAUUUUUCUCUAUUACCUUGAAAAAUAUAUAUUUAAACUAUAUGCUCUAUGAUUCCGAUAUAUAUUUUUUAUAUAUUUAAAUAUCACGAAUUAGAUGCACUACCAACUAAAGCUACGUCUCAAGUAAUUUUUAUCUCCAGACAGAUUAAUACAGAUCAUGUUGAGACUAAAAUGGUUGAAGGUCUCAAUCGUAUCAACUGAAGAUAGCAACCAAAAAAAUUUUUUUUUCUCCAAUAUAUAUUAAUAUACUAAUCCAUUCAUAAAUUAAGUGAAUAUAUCAAAUAACGUCAUAUUAAAAAAUAAAUAAUUUAAUAAAAACGA